AUAGCAACAUCGUUGUCUUUGCAGCUCUACCGAGAAAAUGGAAAUGUGCUGAGAUAUUUGUGAUCUAUAUCCUUUUUUGUCGUCCAAAACUGCCGUACGAAAAUGUUUUGACCCCGCUCCACCAGAGAUCCGUGAAAAAGUGUAAAAAGCACGCGAGCCCGUACCUAAAGCCAAUCAUUUUUUUAACCCGUGUGGUUGCCGUGUCCGUGUGUCCGUGUGCUUGUGAAUGUGUGCUCAGUCAAAUCGCAUAGAAAGAUGUGCGCUAUAGCCGCAGCUAUAGCGUGAAAUUAACACACGCGAAUCGAGACGAGCGAGUAAAAUCGUCAAAAAAAAUCGUCUGUUUUUUGUGUGUCCAGCUUCUGUCACCGCAUCCCAGGAAUUUCGUCCCACUGCAGUCCCCCAAAAGAGCCAACAAAAUGCAAUCCUCACCGCUGCACUACUCGACGAUGCGGCCCCAGGCGCCCGGAUCGCUGGUCGAUCCCAACGAGGAGGAGCUACGCCUGGCGCCAUGGUACUGGGGCCGCAUCUCUCGGGAGACGGCCAAGACCAUACUGCACGGCAAACCCGAUGGUAGCUUCCUGGUCCGCGAUGCUCUCUCCAAAAAGGGGGAGUACACGCUUACCCUGAUGAAGGACGGCAGCGAGAAGCUAAUCAAAAUCUGUCACAUGGAUCGAAAGUACGGUUUCAUUGAGACCAAACUCUUCCCAUCGGUGGUGGAGAUGAUAAACUACUACAAGGAGAACUCACUGAGCAUGUACAACAAGUCGCUGGACAUCACGCUGAGCAAUCCCAUAGUGCGGAUCUGCGACGACGAGGAUUCGCAACCGCACGGCGAUCUCAGUUUGCUGAGCAAUGACUUCAUUCGCACCUGCCAGCACUUGCAGGUGGCCGAGCAGAAUCUCGAACAGAAGCGAAACUCCUUCAAUGCCAUUCGUGAGGAGCUGCAGGAGAAGAAGCUGCACCAGAGUGUGUUCGGGAAUGCGGAGAAGAUAUUCCGUAAUCAGAUAAAGCUUAACGAAUCCUAUAUGAAAACGCCAGUGGAUACCCAAGCCCCAGAGACGCCAGAGGGAGUCGGCGGCGCCGAGGGAGCUGGUGGUGUUCCAUCAGCCUCGACCUGCAGCAAUAAUGUCAACACUCGACGCAGUCUGAUGGAAAACAAGCAGCGUCUGCUCAAUCUGCUCGAGGUGCUCCAGGCCAAGAUACAGGACCUCAAUCAUUACAUGGAGACGAUGAAGAAGGAGGAGCUGCUGCUGGAGCGACAGAUCAAUGCCAGCAAGCCGGAGUUGCAGAUGCUGCAGUUGCGCAAGGACAAAUACAUUGAGCGCCUGAAAGGCUUUAACCUCAAGGACGACGACCUGAAGACGAUCCUUGAGAUGGGCUACGACAAGUGGCUGCAGCACUACGAAACGGCCUCAAAUCAGCCGCACAGCAACGAAUCCCUCUGGCUGCUGAAAGAUGCCAAGCGCCGGGAUGCCGAGGAAUAUUUGCGCAAUGCACCGCCUGGCACCUUCCUGAUCCGUGUGAGAGAUCUCGGUCACUUUGCUCUCUCGAUUGCCUGCGGUGACAGUGUCCAUCACUGCAUUAUUUAUGAGACGGAGAGCGGUUUUGGCUUUGCUGCCCCUUACAACAUCUAUCCGUCGCUAAAGAAGCUGGUGGAGCACUAUGCCAACAAUUCCCUUGAGGAGCAUAAUGAUACGCUGGCCACCACGCUGCGUUGGCCAUUUCUCUACUGGAAGCAGAAUUCCCAACAGAUAUUGGCGCAGCUGCAGGAGGAAAGGGAUUUAGAAUGCUGCGAACAGGCGGUGACGCUAAUGCCACCACCAAUGCUGGGCACCAGUGCACCGAUACCGACGAGUAGAUCCCGCGAUCAUCACGACCAAGUGGAUGGCAUUGGAAUGGGAAUGGGAGCGAUAAUUGGUAGCCAGGACACGGAUACAACGCCACCGGCCUCCAUUUCGCCAUCGAACUUUAGUACUUCGCAGUAGGAGGAGCACUUGGAGCCCUCAACCUCAGGCUAGCUAUCGUAUCUCUCUAAGUCUUGCUCCCCCAAAAACUCCUCUCUAUCUCUCUCUAUAUAUAUUAAUAUAUCUAGAUAUAAACCGCGAAGGUGGUCAAAAUAAUGGCACUUAUUGCAUGAUCCUAGGCCCACGCAAAAGUCAGUGAUUUAACCAUUUUAAAUGUCAGUUUAGAGAACUUUUCGCCCAAGCUUAGCUGCCAAGAUCAAACAGGGAAUAAUGUUUCGAUAUCACCCAAAAUAAUCGUACCAUAGUUUGUGUUCCACUUGUGUGCAGUGCCAUUAUUUCGCCCGCAGCCGUGUGUCAUCAUCAUCAUAUAUGCAUAUAUAUAUAUAUGGGCUAUAUAAUAUGUAUAUGCUUGAUGUGAAUACAAUUUUUUUGUGUGUGAUGGAUGGCGCUGGCAGUUCAACUGUCAACUGGCUAUCCCCCCCGUCAAGAAUCAGAAAAGAAACGUAAACGUAAACGAGUGUAAACUUUUUUGUGGUGAUCUGAUCAUGAUGUUUUGAAGCCUUUUUUCAAAUUGAGAAAGUAUAAUCUUAAUAAUAUUACAAAAGUAUGAUUAAUUUUAUAAACACAUACUAUAUAUAUAUAUAUCUAUAUAUAUUUUUUGUAAUACUGCAUUUGGCGUGAUAAUUGAUAAGUCAAGCUAUCUGUUGUUGUAUCUAAACUCCUGCUCCUGCAACACUUCCUCCCCCCUAACCCCUACCCCCUUUCCCAUAAUUAUUAUUAUUGUUAUCACGCUGCGCGUUGUCGAAACAGGGAGGGGGGUAAGAGCAGGGGGUAAAAAAAAAAAAACAAAGAAGGAUUGAGUGACAGAGUGGAAGUCGUGAAGAAAUUUUCUGCAUUUCUUCAUAUACAUAUAUAUAUUUUGUGGUGUUCAUGUAAAUAUUCGAAAGGCGAAACAAAGGAGCAAAAAAAUUUCAAAAUAAAUGUUUGCGAAAUCAGGUUAAGGUUUUGAUAACCGCCCCAGCUCCCCCCUCUAAUAUUUGUUGUUAUAUUAUGAUUGAUUUGAAGUAGUUCUAAGUGAAGUUUACGUACGUUUACUCGAUGUGAUCAGUUGAUUGUUGCUAAAAUAGUAAUUUCCCUUCCACCCUCUAUAUAUAUAAAAAUAUUUUUUUUUAUUAAGAAAGCCUUAAUUUCCGACACACAGAAACAAAGAAAAAAAGUAUAAUAACUCACACACACACACGGAAAAGCAGCAACAAGCAAAGCAAAAACAAAGUGCAAUCGAAAAUGUAAUAAUUAAAUUUUUAACAUUUGUUAAUUUAUACACAAGGAAAGAAACAGGAAAAAAAAGACAAAAAAACCGUUGCCCAUAAAGAACCGCUGCAAUAGGCAUUAUUUUUGUUUGUUUUGUUUUUUACACAACUGAUAUUUAACAUAUAUAUCUAUAUAUAUAUAUACGUAAAUAGGAGGAAUGCCCACCUGGCAGGCGUUAAUUUUUGUAAAUACUCUUUCCCAAGGAAAUUCAACUAAAAAACAAGUUUUUGUGCAAUCUCGACCCUGUAUGGCGGUCCUAAAGUGUAUAUUUCAUAUAUAAAUAUUUAUUUUAUAUUUAAAAUAUAUAUUUUCACAUAU